AUGGGUAAUACCCAGUCUACUUCCACCUCCGGUCCUGGAGCCGAGAGCGACGCACUUGUGGAAAACAACACCACUCAGCGCCGUCUCAAUCGCCUUUCAUAUGCUUCCACGCCUGAGACCACACAUACCAGCACUCCACGAGGCAGAAGACAGCGAUUUAGCCUCUACGGAUCUCUGAGACGCACAUCCCACCACCCACCCGCGAAUCAAUCGAAUCCGAGUUUGCAAGCUCUCAACCAAGACGUCGAGACAGAACAAGAAGACCGACCACUCGUGCCUUCUGAAGGAAGAAUGUCUGGGUCGAUCGAGGAUGGAGGUGCCGGUAUCGUACCGAACCCUCUGCUCAGAAGUGCGUCUUCGGUUUCGAGGCUGGGGUCAAGAUUCUUGCCUGACACUGUUGCUCGAGUACUGUUGAGCAGCGGCGAAGAGACACCGGCAGAAGGUCACGCGCUCCGGAAUGGCAACCUUGAUCCUGGAUGGCGCAGUCCACCAGCAUCGCAAAGUUACGACACGCAACGAUUCUCCAUACUUGACUCUAUCCGAAGAAGAGCAGAACAACGAUCGGAUUCCCGUUCGGAAAACAGAAGACACAUAAUACGUGGCGCUUUUCCGGGCAACGCUGGACAUCAGCAGCUACACAAUGAUCUGGAUGCCGCACAGGACUUAGAAGAUCGUCUGAACAGCGAGCUGCAGACAUUCGAUACGCCCGUGACGAGCAGAACGAGACGGAGACUACAACGAGUCCGCGCUUCACUGUCCAAUCCUCUCAUCAGUCUCUUCCAGUCUUCGACGAGCCGACGCACGAGUCCGGCUUUCGCCGGAGCCUCCCCACGAGUCACGUUUCCUGACGACAACGACCGCCUACUUCCAAUCACAGCUAACGGCUUCACUCAGAUGGAUAUGGGUUCUCAAGCACAUGAGCUGGAUGCGGUCGAAUCAGAAACCCGCACAACGUUUCCUCGGAGUGCUUCUUCCGCUGGCAUCAGUGCCAUACGCAGAUUACCCUCGACUUUCCGAUCGAGGUCGAGGCUGUAUCGUCGACAAGAGAAUCCGCCACUGUCGCAAGUCCUGCAACUAGCCGCACAAGCUAUCGCCACUCAGCUGUCGACUCAUUCUGUUGGCGGCACACCUACAACACGGCCCGUGGUUGGGGACACUUUCGGCGGCAGCAUCGAAGACUUCGUUCAUACUCUUCAAGAGGCUGCAAGUGCGCAGGCAGGUGAGCACCUGGAUGUGAACACACCCGAGGGAGAGCUUCCACCCGUCAAUUUCAUGCGCGUGUUUCAAUUUCCGAACGAUGAGAACGGACAACCAUUGGGCCCUGGCGUGGCCACCAAUCCCGAGGCCGUGACAAACGAGAAUCAGACUCUGACGACAAACCCCGAUCGAUCGGUGACUCUUGUACUCGUCGGCGUCCGAUCGAUGCCACCGACGCAUGAUGCCUUUGCCGGAGCCGCGUUCGGCCCAAGUCUGGACAAUGUUCUCAACCUGCCUAGCUUGACUUCAGAUGGAGGGCUUGGCAACCCCAGUCCCGGUGCCGUACUGCGACGGACCAGUCGCGCAAGAGUACGGCCUCGGCGACAUUCGAUGACCAACUUCGACUUUCCAGCUCAAUACGAGAGUCAACGACAUCAUCGUCCGAGAGUCUCUAGCGUGGGUCAACCCAGCGAGGCCUACUCCAGCAUCACUCCCAUCUCUGAAAGUCCUCCUGGCCCACACCCACCUCCUUCAACUCCAGCAGAUAUCCGAUCUGGACAAGCGACACCGAUCCGACGACCAUCAUCGGCUUCAGCUGCUCAUGCAGCAGCCCUACCAGAUCUAGACGAGGACCGGCCACAAAAUGCCAGCCUUGCUAACUUGCAGCCAGAGUACUCUGCUGCAAGACAGCGAGUCCGAAGUGACUCAGAGUUCGCGCGUCGCCCUGAACUUGGAGCGGGCGCGAUCCGUCGGAAUGGUGUCGUUGAGCCUGAUCACGUGCCCACCGGGACUGGUAGGAGUUGGCUGAUCUACGUGGUCGGAACGAAUGUUUCUCCAGAUCAUCCAGCAUUCACAAUGCCUAGCCUUUUUACCGACAACCCAUCGUAUGAGGAUAUGCAGAUGCUGACAACACUGCUUGGGCCCGUUAAGCCGCCGGUGGCGACACAGGAAGACGUGACGUCGUCUGGUGGUCUUUACAGAGUGACGUCAAGAGAUGGUGGUCUUCUGGCAGAGCCGCUGACGGACGGUCAGCAUGCUCCAAUCGAGCUGCGACAGGGUGAACGAUGUCUGAUCUGCCUUUGCGACUACGAGGCGAACACCGAGGUCCGACAGCUGAACAAGUGCCAGCAUGUCUACCAUCGCGAAUGUAUCGACGAGUGGCUCACAACUGGGCGGAAUAAUUGUCCGAUGUGUCGAGGUCAAGGAGUGGAGGAGAGACCUACCAAUAAUACUGGCAGCCCCGAUGAGAUGGAUGUGAAUUCGGAUGGAGCAGGAAUCAGUGCUUUUUGA